UUUUUUUUUUGGGACCUGUGUACAGUUUAUUUCUUUCUUCCUAUUUUCCCCACAACACUGCAUACACUACUUAUUGUAUUACAAAGCAGCAGUAAAUAUAUUACUUCAUCAUUUACAACUUUGUUCCAUGGAGCUGGUUCUCGGAAAACACAAUGGAGUAGUGAUCAAAGGGAAGAAUCCAAGGCGACCAAGGAUUAGAAAAGAAGAAGAACGUAUGUUAUUAGAAUCAACCAUGCGACUUAACAAAUUAGCUGAAGAAGUAGAAGCGGCUCAUAACAAUUCUUUAUAUCGACCUUAUCGACAUGUAUUGGAUAUGAUUAAAAGUGACAAUUGGACAGUAGAAGAACGGACACCUGGUGAAUAUACUAUUAUCUUAAACAAUCCGCAUCAUCUCUUUCACUUUAUAUAUACUCUUGGACGUUUAGUUUUACAUCCAUAUCAUGGUGGUAUUUAUACCAUGCCUUCAGCCAAUCUUCAUGACGACGACGAUGACGAUAAUACAAAGUCUUUACGAAAAUAUGCCGUUUUACCUUAUAUCAAUUUUCAUGGUGAACUAUAUGCAAAAGCUAUUUGGAAACCUCGAACACAAUGGUCACUCUUUCAUACAGCCUUACCUGCUUUAUUAGAUGAUUGUAUCCAUUAUAUACUAUGUUGUAUGAAUCACUACUAUCCAAUUCGUCCUAAAAGGGUGAUGAUCAAAUGGUAUAGUAGUCUUCCUGAACCAUCCAAAGAUCCAUUGGUACUUGCUUUAGGAUUAUUUUGGGCAAGACAUGUGUUUAUUCAUCAUUUUCCUUCAAGUUUAUUGACGGUCAAGGAUAACAAGAUAGUGGAGGUGGUACAGUGCAAAUUGGCAGAAAUGGUCCGAGAAGCUCUUUCUGAUUGUUUUGACAUUCCACAUAUUCAUCAUGUGUAUGCACUUAGUUUAUGCAAUAUGACGAAUCAAAUAAGUAAUGAACAAAAGGCAAUUUGGCAUACGAUGGCAGUACGAAUGGCAAUUGAUUUACGAAUUCGACCAAGUGAACAUCCUACUACGGACGAAGAAGAACUUCAUCAACGUGUAUGGUGGUACUUGUUUCAUGUAGAUCACUUUUUGUUGGAAUCAGGCAUCAUCCCAAACUCUAUUUUAUCACCACGCUCUGAUGAUCAUGAUGCACUCUUGGCCCUGUUACGUCCAACACCAUGUACACUAGAUGAACCGGAUGAAGCUAGAGGUGCGUUGGUUUGGAAUAAUAUCUUAAAACUAUGGUUGAUUCGACGAAAAUUGGUCAAGGAAAUUGAACGUAUUGAUCCACAACAAGAAGAAGACAAACUUAUUUUGCUUUUGAAAAAGGUUCGAUCGACAAUGGAUACUUGGAGAAAGGAAUUACCAUCUGAACUUCAACUUGAUUCCUCUUUUACUGGUUUGGAAGGUCCAAAUAUAGCAACGGAAGCUUGUUAUGUUCUCAGUAUGGAACGAUGUACGAAUAUGAGUCUUUUGAUGCGUUAUUUUUUCCCUAUAACAACAACAACAAUACGAUUGAAGGAUUGGCAACGUGAAGCGAUAAUGACGGUGGUAGAAUGUUCGAUUGAAUUUGUUCGUAUUCGUGGUACUUUGGUUCAAUUUGCUCCUUGUCAAACCUGGCCUGGUGAUUUGAAACGUACGGUGGAAAUGUUGAUAUCAUGUAUUCAAUAUCCAGAUCCUGAAAUUGUUGUUCGAUCUCAAUUAUGUUUGAUGCGUGCUUUAAGGGUUUUACGUUGUUAUGAAGAACUUCAAUGGCGUGAUGAUACAUGUUUAGAAAUGGUCAAACAGAUUGAACAAGCUUUAGAAACGACAGCUGGUGGUGCUAUUGCUCUUGAUUCUUCUCUUGUUUUAUCUUCACCAACAUUAUCAUCUAACAACAAGAAUAAUAAAAAAAGGAAACAACGAUCUGGUAUGGAAGGUAUCAUGUUAUUUGAUCGAAAAUUACAACCAAGAAAUCAAUAUUAUCAACCUCCUCCUCCUAUGGAUCCUCAAGAUCAAAUCUCUCGUAUGCUUGUCUUUGAAGAUAUGUCCAAAUUUUAUCAAGAUUAGAUUUCACUUUUUGUUAUUUAUCUUCUUUUCUCCCUCCUCCCCCCUCCUCUUUUCUAUUGUAUAUAUUGUCUUUUUCUUUUUUUUCCCUCUCUCUCUUUCUCUC